GCUUCCGGUGACGUAUCACAAGCUGUCUGAAUUCCCCAGCUCGGCUUCCUUCCAGUCAGACUACAGAGCUACGAAGCUGAACGUGGAGUGUAUCAUUUAUCACUAUGCCUGGCCCUGCAGCAAGUGCUACCAACGUUGGCGCCUCUAGUCGAUCUCCAAGUAAAGCUGUCGCACCCAGAGCUGCAGGAUCUACAGUAAGACAAAGGAAAAAUGCAAGUAGCAGUACCAGAAGUGCAGGACGCACCACAUCCGCAGGAACAGGAGGCAUGUGGAGGUUCUACACUGAGGAUUCACCAGGUCUUAAAGUUGGACCAGUUCCUGUGUUAGUGAUGAGCCUCCUGUUCAUAGCUUCUGUCUUCAUGUUGCACAUCUGGGGUAAAUACACACGUUCUUAAAAAAAAAUCUGCAACCACCCUGGAAAAUAAAUCAAAACCAAUAUUUUGGACCAAACCAAA